AUGACAAACAACUUCAAAAGAGCUUUAAGUGAAGGAGGGUUUGGCGUGGUCUAUCAUGGUUACUUGAACGGUUCCCAACCAGUAGCUGUUAAAGUUGAACUUCUUUUGAGGGUUCACCACAUAAAUUUGGUUAACCUUGUUGGGUAUUGUGAUGAACGAGAUCAUUUGGCUCUCAUAUAUGAAUACAUGUGCAAUGGAGACUUAAAAGAUCAUUUGUCAGGAAAACGUGGUGGCUCUGUUUUGAGUUGGACUACUCGAUUAAGAAUAGCUGUCGACGCUGCACUAGGAUUGGAAUACUUACAUAUUGGAUGCCAACCAUCAAUGGUACACAGAGAUGUAAAAUGUACGAACAUAUUAUUAGGCGAGCAGUUCUCAGGCAAAAUUGCAGAUUUUGGUCUUUCAAGAUCUUUCCAACUCGGAGAUGAAUCCCAUGUUUCAACGGUUGUUGCUGGUACUCCAGGAUAUCUUGACCCCGAAACUGGUCGUUUGGCAGAAAUAAGUGACGUCUAUAGUUUUGGGAUUGUAUUAUUAGAGAUAAUCACAAGCCAACGUGUGAUUGACCAAACUCGCGAAAAGCCUCACAUAACGGAAUGGAUGGGCUUUAUGCUUAAUAGAGGAGAUAUAACCAGAAUCAUGGAUCCUAAACUUCAUGGAGAUUUCAACUCUCUUUCUGUCUGGAGAGCAAUUGAAUUGGGUAUGUUGUGUGCAAACCCUUCUUCAGAAAAACGACCAAACAUGUCCCAAGUUGUUAUCGAACUAAAAGAGUGUCUUGCUUCUGAAAAUACUAUCAAUAGUAAGAAUCAAGACGAAAACUCUAAUAGUUCCUUUGAAAUGAGCAUGAGCUUUGAUACCAAGGCUGUCCCUAGUGCAAGAUAACAUUUGCAGAAAGCCUUGUGUUCUGCUGAUCAUGUAUUUCUCCUCGCCAUAUUUUUCUCUUGUCAAAUGCCCUGCUGAUCUCGUGCUUCAGUUAAUAACUAAACAUGAGAUGAAAUAUAUAACCUCUGUUCUGCUGAUCUAGUACUCUCUCAUAUAUGAAUUUGUUGUUUGUAAUUUGCACAGUUAGCGUCCACAUUUGUGCGCUAUUUUUUCUUGAAACUAAUAUGAGUAUCAAUAGCAGUAAGGAUAUUAACUUGAUCGACUAAUUUGCCAAACUAUUGGGAGUCUCUGAGGUGCAAUGGUCUCUGCUGACUUCAAACUGCACACAUGAGGCUACAACUAGCUGAGUUUAGAAGUCGGAACCCAUCAAAGUUAUAUCUUGUUUCAUUGUAAGAAAAUUUUAGAAACAUAAGAACCUGUCCAAAUUAAACAUUAGUUUUGCCCUUAUUAUAUUUACCUACAUGAAACAACACAUGGAUUUUUUUGCCACAAAUGCUCACCAUAAUGUGCAUGGUCAAACUUCUCAAUGGAGCUGAA